CCCCAGAUUUCUCACUGCUUCUCAUUUCACUUCCAGUCUUACUCCUCCCGCACAAAUCUCAACGCUUGUUUGACCUGAAAUCAUCAACCCGUCUGUUGCGCAGCUCCUUAGUCCUCGCUUUUCAAUCCUAGGUAGCUAUUGAUAAGCUUCUACAUUCUAGAGCUCAAACUGGAUCGGAAUGGCUGAGAAGUCCAGCAGACCUGACGAGGAGUUGAAAGUGCUUGGCAAAAAUAAGAUCAAUCAAAAUUUGGAUGUGUACAUAUGGGACAUGGACGAGACCCUUAUACUGCUGAACUCUUUGCUGAAGGAGUCCUAUGCAGAGGCUUUUAAUGGAUUGAAGGAUGUCCAGAAGGGUGUGGAAAUUGGGAGGAUGUGGGAAAAGCUCAUCCUGCAAUUAUGUGAUGAUUAUUUCUUCUAUGAGCAAAUUGAAAAUUACAAUAAGCCAUUUCUUGAUAUUUUGAACCAAUAUGAUGAUGGAAGGGACCUCUCUGAUUAUGACUUCAACCAAGAUGGCUUGGGUGCUCCCCAUGAUGAUGACAACAAAAGAAAGCUUGCAUACAGGCAUCGAGUUAUAGCGCAAAAGUACAUAUUGGGUUUAAAGAAUCUCUUAGACCAGGAGACGCUUAAACUCUGGGAUCAAUUGUAUGAGACAACUGAUGCAUAUACUGAUAGUUGGCUUUCCUCAGCACGGGCAUUUCUGAAGGAAUGUUUGGGUGAAAAUAAGGAUGCAGAUUCCUCUGUUGCGCUUCCUGAGACCAGUGCUAACUCAACCAAUAUGACACACCGGCAUCUUAAUGUUUUAGUGACAUCUGGAUCGUUGAUACCCACCCUUGUAAAAUGCAUGCUCUUCCGUAUUGACAACCUGAUAACUCAUGAAAAUAUUUAUAGCUCAUGGGACGUGGGGAAAGUUCAGUGCUUCCGAUGGAUAAAGGAGCGUUUUGACCUUCCCAAUGUACGUUUUUGUGUGAUUGGAGAUGGAUGGGAAGAGUGUGAAGCGGCAAAAAUCAUGAAAUGGCCGUUUGUCAAGAUUGACCCACGGCCAGGCACACCAUACAGAUUUCCUGGGCUCACAUUGAGAACAGUGAGCCACUACUUUUCUGUGGUGUAUGGAAGUCUGAAUGAUGAGAACGAUGAAGAAUAGUGUUCAUGAUGUUGUCAUCCCCCUUUCUAGGAUUCCAAAUCUGUACAAAAUUCCAGGCCUUCAAGUUUCAGCACAUGCGUGGAUCACGGCUUAGAUGGUCGUCACAGCUUAGUACAGCUUAUGCUGCUAGUUGAUGUUGAAUAGGGUAAGGGGAACUACUUUUCUCUGACAAUUGUUAGAUAGUAAGUUGUAGAUAUGAAUUUAAGCUGUGGAUCGUCUGUCACUCUUAAUAAUGCAUAUAGGAUUGUACAUUGUAAAGGCCCUCGUUUGUCCUUCUCCGUUAUUGCUGGGUUGGCGCAUAUUUGGAGAGCCAGAAGAAGACACCUCCCCUGCGGCCUUUUGCCACACUAUCUUCCAAAGCGAGAUUUGGAAGAUUGGAAAUAGAAUAGUUUUCAGGCGACGCAAAUCAAUCACAUAACUUGAAUAAAUUAGAACCGUUGAUCGAAUGUCAAUGUUCCAGGGAAUUUUCUCCUGAUAAUUUGAUGAUUUCAAUAUUUAUGCACUUA